CAGCCAACGGGGAACGAGUGACGACGUGCUAACGAGUUAGCAGGGUAGCUAUCGCUAUCAAGUGUGUGCGCGGUGGGGCUGAUUUAUACAAUAUAGAAUAAUAUUUCACAGUGUAUUCCAUUUUAAUUUAGGGAAGCCACCCGGGUUAUUUAAUUAUGCCAAGCAAAAAGAAGAAAUACAACGCCAGAUUCCCUCCGGCAAGGAUAAAGAAGAUUAUGCAGACGGAUGAAGAAAUAGGCAAAGUGGCUGCAGCAGUACCUGUUAUUAUCUCGAGAGCCCUGGAGCUUUUUUUGGAAUCAUUGCUUACAAAGGCCUGUCAAGUCACCCAGUCUAGGAAUGCAAAGACGAUGACAACAUCGCAUCUAAAGCAGUGUAUCGAGCUGGAGCAACAGUUUGAUUUCUUGAAAGACCUGGUGGCAACUGUGCCAGACAUGCAGGGCGAGGGGGAGGAGAACCACACCGAGGGGGGUGGAGAAAAAGUCCCACGCAGGGGUAGAAAACCCGGGUCUGGCCGCAAGAAUGGGGGGGCUGGCUCCAAAGGAAAGGACAAGAAGUUGUCUGGCACAGAGUCAGAGCAGGAGGAUGACUCAGAAGAAAGCGAGACGGACGGGGACGAGGAGGACGGCUCUCAGUCAAGCACAAACCUGCAGGCUGCAUCCAGGUUCCACAGCCCAACAGCACCCCCCCAGGACACGCCCCUGCCGGGCAGCAUGGCUCCCACACAGUCGGAGGGCGCCGUGGCCUUCGCCCCCCACCCCUCCAUGAUCAGCGUCGCACCACCUCCCCCCGCCCCGGAGCCGCACAAAAACGAGGAGGAUGACGACGACGAAGACUAUGACUCUUAGCUCCCCUCCUCCUCCUCCUCCUUCUCCUCCACCACCACUCACACACACACACACACACACACUCUUUCUAUGUUAUUUUCAGAUUUCUUAAGUUGUCCUCGCGGCUGCUCCAACUGAGGAGGGAAAGACUCUUCGUCGCUGACAGCAAAUCCCUCGGCUGUAAAAAAGACAAAGUCGCAGGAGACGGAAAACUGGCUGUAUAUUAUGUGUUUUAAUUUCGUUUUUUUCCUUUUUUUUAAUGCGGUUUUAUUUGAUUGUAGAAGAGAAUCCGACGAGGUUGUUUUUUAACGUUGACUGAAAGAAAUGGCAGUCGUCACUGUUUUUGCCAUGAGCCCCCACGGACAGGAUAGGUGUGGUUUGUGUUGCUUUGUAGCUUUUUCAUUUGGCACUUUUUUUCUUUUUCCUCAAUUCCCAGUAGUAGACAUUAUGAUGUGGACAAGUCACUCAAGAUCAGCCCCCAAGAAAAACCUAUCAGCAGCAGUCAAGGCCUUAAGAGACAAGUUCAGGGGCAGCAGUUUCCAAAGUGUUAGGAAGGUGAUGCACACUGGACAAAGGGAACGGAGGUCAUUGUCUCACCCAGAAAGUGUUAUAUUACCACGUUAUCAAUUGGCUAUGAGUGACUGCUGUUAAUGUGAGCCCUACUUCCAGGCUUUAUCACAACUCACUAGUCAGUCCGAUUGUCGGGCUGCAACGUAAACAAGGAAGCAGGUGUAUUUUUACGAUAGGUUAGCUAACCACAGCCUUUUUCAAUCAGUUUCUAUUUUUAAUUCAGGUUUUAUCAAGUAAACUACAAACAGCCAACCAUAUCAGCAGGGUCAUUUUCUUUUUCCACGCUGUCCUAGCUUAGUGCUAUAAUAUAUUAUUUUAUAGCACCAUUUAAUUCCCCCGGAUCGCCCAUCAGAAGUAUAUUGUGACUCUUGGACCAUAACUUUGUUUUUAAAGUUGUUUGUCUCCUUUGUCCACUCUCAUUUCUAUUCUGGCCACCCCUCCUAUUUUUGGAAUUAUUUUCAACAUUUUGUUCCCCCCACCUCUUUUUAGAUUGUUUUAAAUGUAUCCAUUGAAAAACACAAAGAUGGGGCUCCCAGUUAUGUGUCAGUCUCAGUAUGAAAUGUUUCCGAAUAGACAUUUGAAGUUGACACUGUAUUGUAAACUUUUAACAUUCUUUUUAUUUUGUAUGGGUAAAAAAUAAAGUUCAUAUUUCAAUUUAAGAAAAAUAAGC